UCUCUCUCUCUCUCUCUCUCUCUCUCUCUCUCUCUCUCUCCGUCCACUCCUCGUCUUCCUGCUGCUGCCGGUCAGUCAACGACACAUCCACCACAAACAUUCAGAGACAAACCUUAACCUGCUGACUGAGAGAGACCUCCUGCAGCUCUGAGCAGGAGGGAAAAUCCAAAGAGAGAAAGCGGAGGAGAAUCGACCUGACGAAGCUGACGGAGAUCUGCAUUUAGAGUGCCGAUUAAUCUGAUCGUUUUUUUUUUUUUAAACAAUCAGCUGCAGUUCAACAAAAUAACCCGCCUCCAUCAGCUCGUCUGUCCAGAGAAGUGUCCAGCAUCUUUCUUUCUUUUUCCUUCCCUCGUUUCCUGAACGACCUGAGGAGGAUUUAUUAACCGCGGCGAUGUCUCCCUCCCUCCUCCUCGUCCUCCUCCUGGCUGCUCCCGCCCUCCUGACCCCAUUGACCUCCCAGGAGUUAGAGGUCAGAGGUCAAAGGCCACCCAGGGACACCAAGCAGGACUCCAUCAAGGUGGUGAUCUCCGAGGGCUGCAGCACUCAGGGGGAUUCAGCCGACGUCAGCCAGGGAGGUAGAGAAAUCGACCUGACCCCCGGCUCCCCUCUGGUCCUUACCCAUAAGAUCAAACUGGUUACAUCCGGUUCUGGCUCGGGGUCUGGAUCCUGCGGUUGUGAGAUGGACUUUGCUGCCCUGCGGGAGCGUCUGGAGAGGCUGGAGAGGGAGGUGUCGUCUCUGAGGGAGAAAUGUGGCGGCGCUGAGGGCGGCUGCUGCACCUCCAAGGAGAGCAAAGGCGCAGGUUGCUCCAUCAAACCAGACACCAGCGAGUGUCCAAACGAGUGCAACGAUCAGGGUCGCUGCGUGGACGGAAAGUGUGUCUGCUUCCCUGGUUUCAGCGGACCGGACUGUGGUCAGUCCAACUGCCCCGGAAACUGCGACAACAAAGGAAAGUGUGUGAACGGUCAGUGUGUGUGUGAUCCUGGUUUCAGCGGCCCCGACUGCUCGCAGGGAGGCUGCCCGGACAACUGCAACAACAGGGGGCGCUGUGUUAAUGGACAGUGUGUGUGCGACAGCGGCUUCACCGGCCCCAGUUGCUCUGAUAAAUCCUGUCCUGGAAAUUGCAACAACAGGGGGCGCUGCAUCAAUGGGCAGUGUGCGUGUAAUCCUGGAUUCGCCCCGCCUGAUUGCGCCAAAAGGGGGUGUCCGGAUAACUGCAACAACCAGGGCAGGUGUGUGAACGGUAAAUGCGUGUGUGACAACGGCUUCACUGGUGCAGACUGCUCUGAGACGGGCUGUCCUGGAAACUGCAACAAUAGGGGGCGCUGUGUAGACGGAGAGUGCGUCUGCAAUGAGGGAUUCGGCGGCCCAGACUGCUUAGAAAUAAUCUGCCCUAAUGACUGCUACGACCGCGGAAGGUGUGUGAACGGUCAGUGUGUGUGUGACAUCGGCUUCACAGGUGAAGACUGCUCCCAGACCUCCUGCCCGGGAAACUGCAACAACAAGGGGCGCUGCGUUAACGGACAGUGCGUUUGUGACAGGGGAUUCACAGGUGAAGACUGCUCUGAGACUUCCUGCCCGGGAAACUGCAACAACAAGGGGCGCUGCGUUAACGGACAGUGCGUUUGUGACGGUGGAUUCACAGGUGAAGACUGCUCCCAGACCUCCUGCCCGGGAAACUGCAACAACAAGGGGCGCUGCGUUAACGGACAGUGCGUUUGUGACAGGGGAUUCACAGGUGAAGACUGCUCUGAGACUUCCUGCCCGGGAAACUGCAACAACAAGGGGCGCUGCGUUAACGGACAGUGCGUUUGUGACGGUGGAUUCACAGGUGAAGACUGCUCCCAGACCUCCUGCCCGGGAAACUGCAACAACAAGGGGCGCUGCGUUAACGGACAGUGCGUUUGUGACGGGGGAUUCACAGGUGAAGACUGCUCUGAGACUUCCUGCCCGGGAAACUGCAACAACAAGGGGCGCUGCGUUAACGGACAGUGCGUUUGUGACGGGGGAUUCACAGGUGAAGACUGCUCUGACAAAGCUUGUCCCAACAACUGCAGCAACCGCGGGAAGUGCGUGAACGGGAAAUGCGUUUGUGACGUUGGCUUUGCCGGGCCGGACUGCGCCGCCAAAGGCUGUCCGAAUAACUGCCGCAACAAAGGGCGGUGCGUCAAAGGAAGGUGUGUCUGCAGGCGGGGGUUCACGGGACCAGACUGCAGCCAGUGUGAGGAGGGGAUGACCGGACCUAACUGUGAUACGGUCAUGUCUGGAGUCUCUCAGCUGAGUACUCGUGAUGUCACUGAGUCGUCCGUCACUCUCGUUUGGAAUCCGCCUCCCAUCCAGUAUGAGACCUACUACAUCACCUUCACCAGCCAGAAAGAGAGCGACCAGCAGAUCAAGGUGCAGGUGGACGGCAGCGUGAACACCUUCACGCAGACGGGACUGGCGGCGGGUCAGGAGUACACCGUCAGCAUCACCGGAGAGAUCGAUGGCAGGAGAGGGGCUGAGAGCUCGGCUGAAUUCAUGACCCUCAUCUCUGGUCCGUCCAACCUCCACGUUGUCAAGACGACCACGACAUCAGCAGUCCUCCAAUGGGAGCAGUCGCAUGGUGAGCUCGACAGGUACCGUUUGACCAUCACACCUAACGAUGGAGCGGGAAGCAGUAAGGAACUCACCUUCCCGCCCGGCCAAGACUCCGCCCACAUCCAGGAGCUAGAGGCGGGGCGAUUGUACGACGUCACACUCGUGGCGGAGAAGGGCGCGAGUCAAAGUGGACCAGCAUUCACCCAGGUUACUCCAGGGCAGACAUUACCAUGGGCACCAUCAGCUUUGACCUUGCAGGUCACAAAAGCACCAAGACAAGAUGUUGGUGACAAAGAUCAAGAAUUUUAUCCAUCAGCUGAGAAACAAAACUUUGACAAUCAGAACCGUGGGGAAGAUAAGAGCGAUAAGGAUGCUGUUACAGUCAGAGGUACUGAUGCAUCUAACAGAGACUCCACAACCUCUCUGAUUGCAAGGACAAAACCUCUUCCCAGCAAAAAGAUGCCAACAGAUGGCAGCAGGCCCAAACUUGCUAAAAGGCCCACAUUGUCCAAGAAGCCAAAUGUCACAAGGACUUUCCGUUUCAACACAACUAGAGUCGUGCAUGGUGGAAGGAAAGUUGACCCAGGUCCUUUGAAAAUCACCCGAAUUGGUGAGAAAAAUAACCCACCAAUAUUUGCCAAAAAUUCUCAACCACUUGUCCCCACUACCCAUGACGGGACAACAGCUUUGAAUUUAAGGGACCAGGGUGCAAAGCGACAAAACACUGACAGGACGGAUGCCAAAAAUCCAGCUCUAAUAUCUGGGAUUGAUUUAGAUACAAAGAGACAAAGUAGCUUGCAGGGACCAACUUUUGCUGUUGGCUCCAGAGAGCAACCAGAUGUUGGCAAAGAAGGCAGAGGAAACGAAAACGCUUCAAUGUCUUCAGAGCCAACUGGGACUGUUCAAAGCCAAGAAAAGAAAUGUAUGAACAAAAUUAAAGUGACACACUUCAGAUUACCCAUUAAGGGCAGAGGCAGCGGGUGUAAAGAGGCUGGACAAGUUCUGGCAGGGAAGACACCAGGCUUACAGCAAGGUUCCACUGAAACAGAUGAUUCUCCUGACCUUGAUUAUUCACCAGAUCCUUUACAUAAGCUCCUGACGGACACUUUUGACAGUUUGAAUAUAACAACAUUUUCUGUUCACCUGUCCAAACCAUCAGACAUCUCUGUUGAUGCUGAAACAGUAAGAGGGCAGAUUGUAGGUGGGCUGAAGCCACUGUCGUCAUACAGGUCCUCUUCAUCAUCCUUGACAAGCUCACAAUCAUCAUCACAGUCAUCAUCUCCAUCACCUCCACUUGCUUCUUCCUCAUCAACAGUAGAGCCAUUAUCAUCAGUCACGCAUCUUAAUUCAUCACCCUCAUCAUCACAAUCAUCACUUCCAUUAUCUUCACAGUCUACUUCCCAUUCUAGCACAGAAAAUUCUGAUUCAUCAGGAAGCAAAGAACGAGGCAUUGAAAACAGCAGAAGUACAAUAAACAUUGCAUCAUCUGAAGAUAGAAGACUACCAACCAAAGGGAAUGUCAGCUUACCUUUUUUCCGUCGCACACCAACAAAACCUGCAUAUGAUCGCCGCCAAAAUCCAAAUAUAGGAAAAUUGAAGAAUCUAAAAUUGAGAGUUCCUCAACAUCCCCCUUCACAUUUGAACCUUGUCCCUAGAACAGAAUCAGAGACCACACAUAGAUCACCAAGUGAAUUAUUGUCUACAGCAUCACCAUCUGCAUCAGAGGAAUCACCCUCAGUUGAGGUAAAUGUACCUGUGAGUCAUACUAUUAGAAAUAAAGACGGGACAACUACACCUACAUCAUCUGGAGAUCAAAAGAAUGAGAAAAAGGUGCCAACAGCAAGAGGUAAAAUCCCAUUUCGCCGUGUUCCUCCAAAAGGAGGAUACCCGCAUCGCCAAUUUACAAACUUUGGACACCUCCAGAACCAAACUCGCCCAAAUUUGAGGCAGCUUCCUCCCCCCUCUCGACCUUUAAAUCCUGCAUCAGAAACAAGGGUAAAGCUGUUAUCUUCCACUGAAACUCCAGCCACCUCACCCUCUCCUGUUUCUAAGGAAUCCUAUCCUGCUAAAGGAACAGGUCCAAAAGGAGAGCAAAGCAAUGACAGCGUUGGGACAAAUAUGUUCACAACAAGAAUGACCAAUGAGUUCAAUCAGACUCUCAGAGAAAGUGGUGGGUCCUCUUCUCAUCACCCAACAAAAGUUGGUCAGGUCCCUCGCCCAACGUUUGGUCACCGUUUCCAAAACAAAACCCAUACAAAUCUGAGACAACCUCAACAUCCCUAUAGAGGUCCCUUGCGAAGGCCUCUCCCAACAAGAAGGAUAAAUAGUGGCAGCAGUAUUGCAGCUGAAAGUCAAACUCACCUUUUAGAAAAAAAGAAUAUCCACAAAAUCCCUGAAAACAAACCAGGAGGGCAGAAUACCUCCAUCCCAGCCCAGGGAGUCCAAAAUGGACAAGUAGGAGAACAAGGCAGUACUGUGGUAAUUUCAAGUGCCCAUAUAAACAAGCUUGACACGACUGAAAAAGCAGAAACUAACAUAUUAGAAGGAAGGCCCAACGCUCAGAUUCAGACGAUUAAACAGAGGGUGGAAGAACUUAGCACCCAAGAACCUAACACUGACACACUUAAAGAGGCAGUCAAUGGUGGCAAAAACACUGGCUUUAUAAGUCAAGGUAGCCCAACAAUCAAAAACAUUGGGUCAACCGAUUUGGGUCAUAGAGCACAAAGACCGGUUACAGUUCCAAAGAGAGGACCCCCAACUAGAGGUCUAACAACACAAAAUCAAGGCCAUAACAGACAGUACUAUAGUGGGGGUAAAAGAAGAGAGAGUACAAAAACCUAUAAUACUUCCAGAAGUGAGCUUCCCAUUAAAACUAAAAAGAUGGGAAGGACUGAUUCCAAAACUCUGACAGGAUCAAAUGUUUCUUCCACUGGAGUCACAAGGGAACCUCUGGACCAUGUGGGAGUGACAAACCAGACAUCAGAUGGAUUCAUGCUUGUAUGGGACUCACCAGAAGGAAAGUAUAAAAAUUUUGUUGUGACACAAAACAAAAAUGAAAAAGGGCCGAAGCAAAAGGACACCAAGAAAGAUCAGGAAGAAGAACAGGAAGACGCUGAGAAAGAGGAUGGCGAUCAAACAACCGAAGAAAAGGAAUCAGAAACUGGAAAAAACGAGGAUGAAAAUAAGGUACCAGAAAGUGUUUUUACAGAAUUUCCAACGAUCCAGAGCAGCAUCACAGCUAAACCUGUCACAGGAAGUGACAAAACCUUCAAACAAGUUCUUCCUGGUUCAGCUCGCUCCUUCCAGUUUGAGAACCUUCCUCCUCAGACUGACUACACCAUAACGUUGCUUGGAAAGGGUCCUGGCAUCCUGUCCAGACUGCACAAGCUCGUCAUCAGUACAGGCCCGGAGCCUCCCACUGACAUAGUCUUCAGCGAGUUGACCGAUAACUCUCUGACUGUGUCGUGGACCAAACCAAAGUCUUCCAUCAGUGGCUUCAAGGUGACCUACACCCACAAGGAGGAAGGUGAGCCAGUGUCGGUGUCUGUGGACUCAGGUGACUCCACUUUAGGACUUUCUCAGCUCUCACCUGGUUCCACCUACGAGGUCAGCAUCAUCUCUGUGCUUGGUUUGGACGAGAGCGAUCCAUUAAAAGACUUUGUCACAACUUUACCUGACCCCCCUACAGACCUCAGAGCCGUAAACGUCACAGACACCAACGCCUUGUUAUUGUGGCGACCAGCAUUGGCCGCCGUUGACAAGUACGCCAUUGUUUACGGCUCUGGAACGGACUCAGAGUUGAGGAUCUCAGUGUCUGGAAACGCAGCAGAACACAGGCUGAGCGGCCUUGAGGCAUCCACCACCUACACCGUCACCAUAACCAGCCAGCUGGGCAGCAAGGAGAGCACAGAGGCCACCACCAGUUUCACUACCACCGGAGGUUCUGGGGGACAUGGGGAUAAUCCUCGAGACCUCCAGGCUAGCAACGUGACCCCUCGCACCGCUCUGUUGUCAUGGAAACCCCCCUCAAAACCCGUUGGAAGUUACAGACUGACAUAUCAGACCGAAGAUCAGGAAAUGAAGGAGUUGAUUGUAGAUGCAGCAGUAACUCAGUUCAACCUGACCAGACUUCAUCCUGGGUCCAAGUACAAGGUGCAGCUGCAGGCAGCGGAGGGAGGACAUUACUCUGCUGCCAUCUUUACUGAGUUCACCACUGGCACCCUGAGGUUCCCCUUCCCCACAGACUGCUCUCAGGAGCUGCUUAACGGCAUCAAGACAUCAGGGGAGGUCGAGAUCUUCCCUCAGGGGAAACUCGGGACAUCGAUGAUGGUUUACUGCGACAUGGAGACAGACGGAGGGGGCUGGAUAGUCUUCCAGAGGAGAAAGGACGGCUCGGUGGAUUUCUUCAGAGGCUGGAAGGAUUACCAGAAAGGGUUUGGGGAUCUGAGUGGAGAGUUCUGGCUGGGUCUGGAUAGCCUCCACAACCUGACCUCGUUUACCAAGAUGAAUCUGCGAGUCGACCUGCGAGACAAAGACGAGUCAGUGUUUGCUAAAUACUCAACCUUUGAAGUGGCGAGGAGGAACUACAAACUGACUGUGGGCGGAUACAGCGGCACUGCAGGCGACUCUCUCACUUAUCACAACACCCGGUUGUUCUCCACCAAAGACCGCGACCCAACGCCGUUCAUCACCCGCUGUGCCAUGUCAUACCGAGGAGGCUGGUGGUACAAGAACUGCCACGAGGCCAACCUCAACGGCCUCUACGGCAUUGACGUCAAACACCAGGGUAUUAUCUGGACCAGCUGGAAAGGGAAAGAGCACUCCAUCUCGUUCACUGAGAUGAAGAUGAGACCGUCGGCCUUCAGAGGAUGAAGAGGAGGAGAAUGAACUGCUAAACACAACACAUGCAUGGACGGCAGUGUGUUUAAACAUGUGCAAACAUACACACACAAGCACACGCACACACGUAUACAGACACACACACACACAAACGCACAGAUGCAUACACACACACACACACAUAUACAGAUACAUACACACACACAUAUACAGAUACAUACACACACACACACACACACACAUAUACAGAUACAUACACACACACAUAUACAGAUACAUACACACACACACAAACACACAUAUACAGAUACAUACAUACACACACAUAUACAGAUACAUACACACACACACACACAUAUACAGAUACAUACACACACACAUAUACAGAUACAUACACACACACACAUAUACAGAUACAUACACACACACACAUAUACAGAUACAUACACACACACACACACACAUUUAUAUAAAAGAGAGCGUUGCUUUCACUUCAGCAGAGUUGAAGUCAUAUUUUUUCAUGUGUAUAGAGGUCAGUUAUCAGUAUUUUACUGUAGAUUGUACAGUUCAUUCAGUUUUAUCUUUGCUCCCUCGAUUUCUGUACUUAAAGGGCCAGUUCACCCACAUUAACAGGCAACUCAUGUUUCCUACCCAGCUUCACCUUUAAUUUAAAAAAUGUUGAUAAAUUAACACACCACAGAUCCUCUGCUAAGCGUAAACAGAAUAUUUGUAUUGGUGUAAAAGUCGCUGAUGUCUGCGGCACUUUAAUCUUAGAGGUAACUUUCUGACUGGAUUUCUGCGGACAUAAGCAUCAACCAUCUGCCAUACAGUUACACGAGCAAUAGAGUGCAGAAUUCUUCCAACACAUUGCAGAUUGUGUUGCUAUUUAAGCAAAAAAAAUUUAAAAUGUUUCUGCUUUUCAGACUUAAAAGGGAUGUACAGGUUUGUUUGUUAAUGAUAAAUGUUCCAACUGAAACAAAACCAAACGCAGGGUCUGCUGGUGGUUUGAAGGUCUUUAAAUCACCGUUCAGAUUCUGAUUGAGCCCUGCUUUAAAGCUCAGCAGCGCCCCCUGCUGUCCGCUCUAGGCUACAUCAGAUGCAGGUGAGUGAUGGAGAGUUUAGUGUGUUUGUCGUGGUGAAAAUCCUCUCCGUGUUGUCUUUUUGUAAAUCUCUCCAUUUUUUUUGUAAUGUUAUUUUUAUUAAGCUGCCUAAAGGAAUAUGAUAAUAAAAUGUUUGAAAAUCAAA